AUGUAUCUCAACAACUAUCUCGGUCGAAGACUCUCGCUUGCUGUAACAGGUGCUGUUUCUAUCGUCGGCGUCGUAAUCGAAGUCACCAGUGCCGUUGGCGGCAAGGGACGCUUCGGCCAGUUCGUCGCGGGCAAAACGAUCGCUUCUAUCGCUAUGGGACUGGCGGUCAACAUUGUACCUGUCUAUCUUUCGGAGACAUCGACAGGUGCCGCCCGUGGCUUCGCUGUGAGUCUCUACCAGAAUGUGCAGAUCCUGGGCGUUAUCCUAGCAUCUGGUGUGGUAUAUGCUUCUUCCAGAAGCACUACAGCUUCAGCUUACCUUACCCCAAUCGGCCUACAAUUCAUCGCGCCGAUGAUCAUGAUUGUGGCAUCCCCAUUCCUACCAGAAAGUCCUCGCUGGCUAGUAUGGAAAGGACGGCACGAAGAGGCCAGAUCAGCUGCCUCCCGGUUAUUCCUGUCUAGCACGAACAGCUUCGAUGCUGCCAAAUACAUCGAUGAGAUCCAGAUCGCGAUCGAAGCAGAGCGUAGCAACGAAAAUGCUGCUAGCUGGGCCGAUCUGAUGCACGGUCCUGACCUGCGUCGUCUUCUCAUCGCGGUGGGUGUACAGUCGCUGCAACAGGCCCAAGGCUCCUCCUACAUGAACAGUUACAUCGUCUCUUUCCUCACAUCUACUGGCGUCACCAACGUCUUUCCCGUGAUAAUGGGCUUGUAUACUCUUUACUACGUCGCCGUUCUCACAGGCCACUUCCUGCCGGAUACUGCUGGUCGGCGUCCAAUCCUGAUCUCAACGGCCUUGUUCUGCGGUGUCACUCUGACGAUCGUGUCCAGUCUGGUAGUGGCCUACUCGAACCCACCAGACGUCGCGAAAAAGGCUUCUAUUGCACUCAUCUUCCUCUGGCAGACUUCGUUCGGCGUUCAAUCCCCUCUCAUCUGGAUUACCACCGUUGAAUCAGCGCCAUCGCGGAAUAGGGAGAAGGUGCAGGCUAUUGCAUGUUUUUUCGGCUUCGGUGUGUCGCUGCUCAUCACGUCUGUAUCGCCAUACAUACAGGACGAAAGUCACGGAAACCUUGGUGGCAAGAUCGGUUUCAUCUGGGGUGCUUUCUCGUUCAUCACGGCUGCGUGGGUGUACUUCAUCGUUCCCGAGAUGAAGGGCUUUACCAUCGAGCAGCUCGAUUACUUGUACGAUCACGGCGUACCGACCCUCAAGUUCAAAGGAUAUCAAUUUGAUAGCAUUGACGGUGAGUCCAUUAGCGUUUUCGACAAGAAGGUAGAAAGCCAGGCUACCAUGAAGAAGAUGGAAGACCAGGACGUUUAG